GCCGCUUCAGCUUCUGAGGCAACUCUGACAUAAGUUACCCAAAAGUCAGUGAUAGGGGGGACCAACUGUGAACUGGUUAUGCGUACAUGUGACUGUGUGUGUUAGAGAGAGAGAGGGAGUCCACCAGUCAGCUCAGAGUGGUUAAUCUGUUUCUCCCUCCCUCUAUGCCUUUUGUUGCGGCCCCUCACUUUUCCCCUGCUAGCCUGGAUAGAGGGAGCUGACACUGUGCCUGCCUGCUCUGGACUGGAUAUGGCGUAGAGACACCCUGACACUACCCUGACUGGAUGUUCACCCUACGAGCUGAUGCAAUCACGGCGUCGGGACCUACCCUAGACAAAGACCAACGGGACAGCGUUUUUUCAAGAGUGGCAGAGCCCUCGGUGUCGGCGCCCCUGGGGUCAGUCCCAAUGGACCUGCGUGUGACGGAGCGUGUGAUGCGGCCGGGUUCGGACACGGCCCUGCACCCUCCUCUGCUCCACAGCCCCUUCUCCCACCAGCCCUGCACUACCUUCUCCCAGCACCAGCUGCAUCAGCACAUACGGUUCAACAUGGAACAACGGAGACGUGAGCAGGAGCAGGAGAAACAGCAAGAGCUGCAGCAGCUGUGGCACAAGGACAAGAGCCAACAGAGUGCUGUGGCCAGUUCACUGGUGAAGCAGAAGCUCCAGGAGGUGAUUCUGAAGAAGCAGAAACAACAAGCCCUGGGAAGAACCAGCUCCAACCCUCUCAGUGGUCCCCCUGUGGGCUACAGGGAGCUGGCUCCAGACCCCAGUGGGACGUCCCAGCCUCUGGUAUCUCCCCCUCCACAGGGUUGCAGAGAGGGCUCAGAUGACACCCCUCUACGCAGGGCAGCCUCAGAGCCCAACCUGAAGGUGAAACACAAGUUGAAGAAACACCUGAACACUCGUAAGAGUCCUCUGACCCGCAAAGAGAGUGCUCCGUCCCCCAUCAAACACCGGGUGCCCGACACUCUGGACUCAUCUCCCAGCAGCAGUAGCACCCCAGUGUCUGGCUGCAGCUCCCCCAAUGACAGUCUACCCAAUGAGAAUGGAGUCCUGCCCUCUGUUGACGGGCUGUCCCAUGAGGUUAUUAUCCGAUUGGCCCAGAGGCUACUGCUCCAGGAUGGGUCUCUAGCCCACUUCACCGUCCAGAGUUCCUCUGCCCUACCCACCAUCACCCUGGGCCUUCCAGCCAACGCCAGGAGUGAAUUAGACUUGUCCCCUCGGAAGGUGGGCCGGGUGCCUAUGGUGACGGGAGGCCAGUCUGUCUACCUUCCCCUGGGGAUGGAGGAGCAGAGUGGGUCGCUGUCGCCCCACCUCCAGCCUGUCCUCCUCCUGGAGCCCUCCAGACUGGUCCAUACCCCCAUGCUCGCUGUUCCAGGCCUGGGCACCGUGCCACUACAGUUUGCCCCCCAGAUGGAUCGUCUGGCCCCAGGUGGGGGCCCUCACAAGGCCCUGAGCCGAACUCGCUCAGAGCCGCUGCCCCAGAGCCUCAGAUCCCUACACCCUCUGCUGCAACAGCACCACAACAGCCAACUACUGGAGAGACUUAAACAGCAGACACACCUGGGCAAGCUGAUGUCUAAAUCCAGUGAGAAGCCUCGGCUCAGACAGAUCCCCUCAGAAGACAUGGACUCUGAGGAGGUGGGGCCGACGCCCAGCGACACCUAUCACGGCCGAGCACGGGUGGAGUCACUGAGGGAAGCGGAGCCUGUGUCUGAUUUGGACAGCCAGGGAGAACAGAUCAAUCUGCAACACACACUCAUACUCAACCAGUCAUUGCUAUGGGAGAAACAGAAACAGCUGCAGCAGUUGCGUCGGCAGACAGCCCACAUGGAGACGCUGGCGGUACCCAUGAUGCUUGGCAGUGCCCACCGGCCCCUCUUCCGUACCCAGUCCUCACCAGCCUCCACCUCCCUCACGCUGCCAGACAAGCCCCUGCCAAUACCCGCCCCAGAACCACAUAGCAAACCACGCUUCACCACCGGCCUGGUUUAUGACUCUCAGAUGCUAAAGCACCAGUGCACAUGUGGUGACAACAGCAGCCACCCAGAGCAUGCUGGGAGGAUCCAGAGUAUCUGGUCACGUCUCCAGGAGAGAGGUCUCAGGGGCCAGUGUGAGACUAUCCGGGGUCGAAAGGCCACUCUGGAGGAGCUGCAGUCGGUCCAUUCAGAGCGUCAUGUCCUGCUGUACGGCACCAACCCACUCAACCGCCUCAAACUGGACAACCGCAAGUUGGCCGGCAUUCUCUCUCAAAGGAUGUUUGUGAUGCUCCCAUGUGGAGGAGUGGGGGUGGACAAUGACACAAUCUGGAACGAGUCUCACACGUCCACGGCGUCGCGCAUGGCUGCAGGCAGUGUCACAGAGCUGGCCUUCAGAGUGGCCAAGGGAGAGCUCAAGAAUGGCUUUGCAGUGGUGAGGCCCCCAGGCCACCAUGCUGACCCUUCCAACCCAAUGGGUUUCUGCUAUUUUAACUCGGUGGCCAUCGCAGCCAAGCAGCUCCAACAGAAACUGAGUGCCAACAAGAUCCUCAUCGUAGACUGGGAUGUUCACCAUGGUAAUGGAACCCAGGAAGUGUUUUACAAUGAUCCCAGUGUGCUGUAUAUCUCACUGCAUCGCUAUGACGACGGCAACUUCUUCCCUGGCAGCGGGGGGCCAGCUGAGGUGGGAUCUGGUGCUGGAGAAGGCUUCAAUGUCAACGUGGCCUGGACUGGAGGUCUGGACCCCCCUAUGAGUGAUGCUGAGUACAUCGCUGCUUUUAGGACGGUGGUGAUGCCCAUAGCUCAGGAGUUCUCCCCUGACGUGGUCCUGGUCUCCUCAGGGUUCGAUGCAGCAGAGGGACAUCCUGCACCUCUAGGGGGUUACAAGGUCACCGGCAAAUGUUUUGGGUUCCUGACCCGGCAGCUGAUGGGUCUGGCUGGAGGCCGGGUGAUCAUGGCCCUGGAGGGAGGUCACGACCUCACGGCCAUCUGCGACGCCUCCGAGGCCUGCGUCAGCGCUCUCCUGGGCAUUGAGGAGCUUCUGUCAGAGGAGGUGCUGCUGAAGAAGCCCAAUGCUAACAGUGUUUGCUCGCUGCAGAGAGUCAUACAGAUACAUGGUCAGUAUUGGCAGUCCCUGAAGACGUUCAGUAGCUCCGUGGGACUGUCCUUCCUGGGUGCUCAGAGAAGAGACUGUGAGGAGACUGAUGCUGUCAAUGCUCUGGCCUCUCUCUCUGUGGGGGUCCUGACCAGCAAGAGCCUCCCCGACGAGCCUAUGGAGCAUGACGACGAUUCCAUGUGAAAGAUGCUGACUGUUGACCUCAGAGACCUCUCCUUCAGGACGUCCCAAUAGCCUUGGAGAUCCUGCCCUGUCACACGACGAGGGGAAGAGUGUAGACUGUGGAACUCUGCCUUAACCAAUGAGACCUUAAAGCCACACAGUGCCUCAAAGACCACCGUCCAUUCUCCUAAGACUGUAUGCAGCGCAACUUAACACAGCGAAGAGUGAACUCAACACAGUGGAACUAAUGUAGCCUGCUCAGCCACACCAAAGACCUGUCAGUGUAUAUGUGAGGUAAAAGAUGUUCUCUCAAACAGCUGAUUAUUUGACUCUGUCCGUGGUCUAGCCCUAGCCAGACAGAGUCAUUUUUAUUGUGUGUAUUCAGAAGGACACGUCCAUACCAGCCGUGUGCCGUCAUAUUGACCACUCUUUGGCCUUUAAAACCAGUACAGACGUAAAGGUCUCAUGGAGGCACUUACAGUAAAGAAAUACUUCCCAUCCGUUGUCUCAUUUCCCCAGUGUCUGUGAAUAAUACAGGCCAUAGAGACGAAAGGAAGAUGUGACCCUGAAGGAGGGAAUUCUUAGCACCAGGUCUGUGGGUGUCUGUUGUUGUGUCAGUGAGCAGAGCAGACCCCAGUCAGUCUGAGGAAGGCCCUGGACGGACAGAGGGAGAGAGCGAUAGCCUGGAGGGGACCGGCCAGCACCUGGCAACUGUUGAAUGGCUCAGUCGGUCCUCGAUGAUGUCAUUAAUAGUUUAACCACUAAAGAAAAUACAAAAAAUAAGAAGUAAAUGAAGAUAAGGAUGACUGUGGUUUUAUCUGUUGUUUUUGUUUUUGCACUGUGCAUUCCGUAAUGUGAACCGUUGAAAAUUCCAAACCUCGGGGAAACUCAAGUUCUAGAUUAUUUAAUUAUCUGUUAAACUUUGAAGAUUGGAAGAUAUUGUUGUCCUCUAAAAUCCACUCACAUUCUAAAAAGAAGACUUAUGCAUUCUACAUUUCUACCGGCAUGUAUACACAUUGAGUAUUUAUACGAAGUGCAUUUUCAAAAAAAAUCCUGUUUGGCCAGAUUGUAUUACGAAUACUUUCCACUGCUGUUCAUAGACAAGUCUCUUUAUAUAUUGUUGGCAGGGACACACACAAACACACACACUCAGAAAGGCAUUGUAGACAUGCACGCUAUUUCCCUUUAUGUCUUACCACUGACAUGAUGAGGACCAAAAUUAUACCUCCUGUCUCGAGGAUAUAUAGUAUACAAACUGGAUGAACAGGAACAAUUAAACCAAUGAAUCUUAUGAAGAGCUGAAGACCUACCACUGUUUGGAAGGAAAUACUAGUUCUAUGUUCAUUCCUAUGCCAUUGUAUUGUUUAUGAUGCUAGUCAAAGGCUCUAAUGCACUUCAUGGAGAUCUCCCAAAGAAACCGCUCUUCAACAUGGCUGCAGUGGGACUGUAUUACUGCAGAUGGACCAGUGUGGUUACGGUGUUACUGUACGUUGAUGUUUGUUUUUGCAGGACCAGACUUUUGACCUGUGGACAGACAUUUACUGUGUACAUUCAUUUGACAGUUCAGUUCCCUUGAUAUGAUCCACGGACAGUAAUAUCAAGCAGAGUUGAAUAACAGUUAAACUGAGUGUAUUAUUUUAUGUGCAAACCUUCUUUAUGGUGUUGCUGUUUGUUUCGUGGACCAACCAAAAUACUAUUACUGUUAGCACUAUGGAGGUCAGUGGCGGUCGGUGCCAUUUAAAAUGAGGGAGGACGAUUUCUUUUUUUAUGAUCAUGGCCUUAUUUCUAUUACAGCAUAUUGGAUGACUGUCAUUCCUUUUCCAUUCACACAGUUCACUGUAACAGCGAUAGGUUUAGGCUACUUCAUGAUACUCAAAUGUUACCUAUACCCAUCAUGUUGCUACAACCUAGCCUAUGAAUGAAAGGUUACAACGUAGGUGCACACAGGUGGAGAGAAACAUUUGAGGUGACAGACCGUGACACAUGGACACACAGUGACACAUUCAAUAUCACCUUGCACA